GUAUCCUUCCCUGCUUCAUGCAAUGAUUUGUUGAUUUUGCCCAACAUGCUCGUUGACGAUCAACGCCCGCUGUGCCUAUUUUCCCGUCCGUUGAGUGCGGAGACGGUACGUGGUGAGAUAUCGGCUCUGCUUGUUCCAUACAUCAUCAUCCUCCUCCUCCUCCUCCUCCUCAUCAUCAUCAACACCACACCCAUGCCUGCUGAUCUCCCGAUUCGCUGCGAUCCGAAACGCCAAACUCGAACGCCAAGCUUCCCGUUUCGCUCUUAUCCUACGCUUUCCCCGCUGCCCGGCCCAGGCCAGAACAAGGCCGCCGCCCUGCCUGCUCGACUUACUUCUGCAUCCUGCCCGAGUGCACUGUACUGCACACUACACUACUAUGUACACAUCCACCGCUAGUCUCCGCAGCCAUCACAUCAUCAUCAGCACGCUUCAGCCAACCACCACACAAUGCUCAAUUCCCCGAUCAGAAUCAUAUUUGUGAGGCUUAUCAAACUUACCAUUAUACGCCCUUCCGGUCCACCGUUGAUUUCUUGAUCCACGCACUGUUCGCUUCCCCACAGAACUGCCGUCUAUUAAUAACGUCUUUCUUUCCAUGAACAUCAGCAAACUCAUGGUGAGACAUGCCGAUACAACUCCCUUUCCACUCUCACUGGCCUUGCUGCCCAAGACGCUACAUGUCUCUGACACUGAACCGAAUAAUUUCCUAUGUAUAGAUGGACAGAUACAUCUCCACCACAUGGUACUUGAAGGUAGUGAUUACAGAGCAUUAUUGAAACGCGCAGUCGAGAUAGGAGAGACAUUGAGACUAUUGACACACAGUAAUAGCACUAUUUGCCAUCUUUGCUAUUGGCCGAGGAUGAGGACGCAUGGCAAACAAAGCCGCAUCCUUCACAUGCAUUUACCACCAAAAAAAACAAAUGCGCAUCUUGCAGGGACAGUUC